AAAAAUUUAAGCCUAAACAAAGGUCUUAAUAUUAACAAAUUUUCAUUUUAAAAUCACCAUUAGACAUUCCAAUAAUUUAAAAGCCUAACAUUUAAAACAAUAUAUAAUAAACAGAAAAAUAAAUUGAUCGAAAAUCAAAUAGCAGUAAUCAUAAUAAUGAGAAAAUAUAAAAUCAAUAAAUAUAAAUUAAAUAGAAAAAAAAUGAAUAAAAUAUAGAAAAUAUAUCUUAAUAAAAAUAAAAAUUUAAAAGAUAUGAAUAGAAAUUAUUAAAAAGUCAAAAAAUUAAUUAUAAAAAAGAUGAUAGAUACGAAUUUGAUGAAAAAUUUAAAAAGCUUUAUAUAAAAAAUAAUAAAAAAUAAAAAUAGGAAAAAACUAUAAAAAAUAACAAUAAAAUUUAAAAUAAAUAGUUGAUUAAAAAUAAAUAAUUUCAAUUUUCUGAUUAUUGGACAAAAGAAGAUAUUGAAAAAGCAAUAACAUAAAAAAAAGCUUACUAAGGAACAUUUAUAUCUAAUGAAAAGAAUAGUAUAUUAGCAAAAAUAAGAUGUGAAGAUUUUAACAAUUUGAUUUAUAUAAAUAGUUUAAGAGAUUAAAAUCGUGCCUUAAAUAGCCAAAAAGUUGGAUUUGUCAUAUAUGAGGAUUUAAAGAAACCAAAAGAAAAAAAUGAUUAUAAAAAUUUACAUCUAAAUAAAAAUUUAAAAAUAAAAUAAAAAAAUAAUAACAAUGAAUGGGAAACUUAAUCAGAAUCAAUAGAAGAUAAAGAAUAAAUUGAAGAUACCUAGUCUAAAAGACGACUAGUUGGUAAAGUUGUUUACAUAUUUAAUGACUAAAUAGUAGAUUAAAACGUUUUUAUAGGCACAUUGUAAUAAUAAAGGGACGGUAAAAUGCUAUUUUUACCAAACAAUAACCGAUAUCCUAGAAUGAUACCUAUAUUAGGUGAUAAUAUAAAAAAAUUCUAAGGCCAAAUAAAAGAUUUUUAUGUAAAAGGAACUUUAAAAAAUUGGGAAAGAAAUCAAUAAAAUCCUACUAUUUUAUGCGAAGACAUAUUAGGUUCUAUAGGUGACAUAGAAAUAGAAUGCAGAGCACUUUUAGAAGAAAACCAAAUAAUAAGUGAUGAUUUUUCAAUAAAAACGAAAGAAUAUUUAGAUAAAAAAGUAAAUGAAUAAGAAGAAAUAAUACCAAAAGAAGAACGAAAAAAAAGAUUAGAUUUAACAAAAGAAAUAAUUUUUACAAUAGAUCCGGUUGAUGCUAGAGAUUUAGAUGAUGCUUUAAGUAUUAAAUUAAUUGAAAAAAAUAAAAUAGUGGAAAUAGGUGUACAUAUUGCUGAUGUAAGUUUUUUUGUAAAAGAAGGUUCACCGGUUGAUUUAGAUGCUUAAUUAAGAACUACAUCUGUUUAUUUAGUACAUAGAGUUAUAACUAUGUUACCAAGGAUACUUUGCGAUAAUUUAUGUAGUUUAAAUUCUAAUGCUGAAAGAUUAGCUUUUUCAGUGUUUUUUUAAAUGGAUUUUUAAGGGAAUCUAAUUUAAGAUUUUAAACCUAUUUUUGUUAAAAGUAUUAUAAAUUCAUGUUCUAAGUUUUCUUAUGACACAGUAUAGAAGAUAAUUGAUGGAGAAAUUUAAAAUUAUUCGUAAAUUAUAAUUUAAUUAUAUAUCAAUAAAUAUAUUAUAAAUAGAUAAUUACCAGAAUAAAAUAAAGUACGAGAAGGUAUUAACGGAGAUGAAAUGUUUGAAAAAAUACUUUUAUUAAGUAAAAUUGGUAUGGAAAAAAGAAAAAGAAGAACUGAAAAUGGCGUUUUAACAAUCGAAAAUAGCAAAAAGCGUUUUUGUUUGGAUCCAAACACUCUAUUUCCUUAAUCUUAUACAAUAGAAGUACGUAAAGAAGCAAAUUUUAUUGUUGAGGAAUUUAUGCUUUUAGCAAAUUAACUUGUAGGUAAAAAAAUAGUUGAGAGUUGUGAAGAAAUAAGUGUUUUGAGACGACAUGAAUAUCCUCAGGAAAAAAAACAAGAGAGAUUUAAUGAUACACUUGAAAAACUAAAAUUAUAAAAAAUUUAAUUUAAAAACUUAAAUUAAUUAAUAAACUUCUUAAAAGAAAUUUAAUAAAAUGAAAAUAUUUCUGAACAAAAGAAAAUUUUUUUAAAAAAAUAACUUUUCUUAAUCCUAGAACCUGCGUAAUAUUUUAUAGCUAAUUUAUUAGAAAAAGACUAAUGGAAACAUUUUGCUCUUAAUUUUGAUGUUUAUACUCAUUUUACAUCUCCAAUUAGAAGAUAUCCGGAUCUUAUUGUACAUAGAGUACUUGAGUAAGUGCUUUUACAUGAAAAAGAGGCUAAAAAUUAUGUCAAUAGAUAAAAUAUUGUUAAUAUUUUGUAAGAUUGUAAUAUUAAAAAGUAUAAAGCCAAAAAAGUUUCGGAAGGAUGUUAAAAAGUAUAAUUUUUAUUUUCUUUUUUUAAUUUAUUUGCAUUUAUUAUUUUAGAUUUUCCUUUGUCUUUAUCUUAAAAAAAAUCCUGUAAAAGUAUAAGGAAUGAUAACUACAUUUGGAAUUCUUAAUUUCAAUAUUUUUGUACCUGAUUAUGAUCUUUAAUAU